AAAGCUCAGUACGCUCGUAUAACGCUAAUUUGUGACAUCCGUGUGUAAGAACAUUGGAUUUAAUUUGGCCACAUAUACUGUGGCCAAUACAAGUUAAAUAGUCUAAAUUUCAAACUUUAGAAUAUGGAUUACUACAAAAAGGAUCAUAAGAGAAUGAGACUCACACUUGUAUUAUUGCUGAGUUUCUUAGCAUCUGGACUCGCUACAGGAAUGGAAUCUUAUCCGGAUACAUAUGAAAACGUGAAUUUGGAUGUGAUUCUUAAUAACGAACGUCUUUUCAAUCAAUAUAUGGAUUGCGUUCUUGAUAAAGCCCCUUGUACUGCAGAUGGACAUUAUCUCAAACAUAUACUACCAGAAGCCGUAGCUACAACUUGUGAAAAGUGCAACGUGAAGCAGAGACAAAUGGCAAGAAAAAUAGGCAAUUACUUGAAAAACAGUAAACCGAAAACCUGGGCAGCAUUUCUUGAAAAAUACGAUCCUAAUAAAAAGUAUAUUGCAACUUUUGAACAAUUUCUGGUACAAAUAGAAAAAUAAUUUAACUUUUUUAAAAAUAUAUUUGUAUUAUUAUGUAUAUAUGAUUUACUUGUUUUAUUAAUAGAUCAAUAUCAUGUUUAUUUGCGCGAACAAAUAAAGUCUCUGCGUAAUAAAAUCGCAAGCGGCCACAUGUUCAUUAAUUUUAUAAAAUUUAUUAUAUAUAUAUUAUUGCAAAAGAAUGAAAAAUUAAAUUUAGCCAAAUGACAUCAUUAUAAUCAUAAUCGUGUCGACAUUCUUGAUA